AAGCACGGGAGAACCUCCACUACUUUUGACUGCCCACUCUCACUUCGAACCGGUGUCAACAAACAACAACAACAUCUCCGCCAUAGAAACGACGCGCUGGUUGCCGUGGUCUUUAAAAGCAGAACCCGUUGCGCUGAAAAACACAAGCCCUUCAAGUCCCUUAAAACCCAAUUUCAUCUUUUUGGCGUCGGUUUUUGACGCCUCAGGGGGCUGCGGCUGUCCCGGGAUACUCCGGUGCUUAGCUGUAGCCCGGAUCUCAGCUAAGCUCUACCGAGGCUAACCGGUGCUGACUUCUCAGAAGAACGGAGAUUUUGUCCAUUAACCGACCGACUCCUGCUGCUGUUCGCCGCAGGAGAGAGAGCCCUCCCCGGCAAAAGAGGAGGUCGGUGCAGGCGGUGGGGGUGGUGGAGGUAUGACUGCGUUGGCGGGGUCAGUACCCAGGAUGAUGCGACCCACGCUGGCUCAGAACUACCCCCGCAGCGGCUUCCCACUGGAAGUGUCUACCCCGCUGGGUCAAGGCCGAGUCAACCAGCUCGGAGGGGUUUUCAUCAACGGCAGACCUCUGCCCAACCACAUCCGACACAAGAUCGUGGAGAUGGCCCACCACGGGAUCAGGCCGUGCGUCAUCUCCCGACAGCUCCGGGUCUCCCACGGCUGCGUGUCCAAAAUUCUGUGCAGGUACCAGGAGACGGGCUCUAUCAGACCCGGAGCCAUCGGUGGCAGCAAGCCCAAGCAGGGAACAACGCCGGACGUCGAGAGGAGAAUAGAGGAAUACAAGCGGGAAAACCCGGGUAUGUUUAGCUGGGAGAUUCGGGAUAAAUUACUGAAGGAUGGGAUAUGUGACCGCAACAACGUUCCUUCAGUGAGCUCCAUCAGUCGCAUCAUGAGGACUAAGUUUGGGGGGAAAGGUGAGGAAGAAGAAGAGGAAGACGAGAUCGAGAAGAAGGAGCUGGAGGACAGUGAACGGAGAGCCAAACACAGCAUUGAAGGCAUCUUGGGAGACAGAUCGAGUCACUCAGACGAAGGCUCGGACGUGGAGUCGGAGCCCGAUCUGCCACUGAAGAGGAAACAGCGGCGCAGUCGGACCACCUUCACAGCCGAGCAGCUGGAGGAGCUGGAGAGGGCCUUCGAGAGAACCCACUACCCAGACAUCUACACCAGGGAGGAGCUGGCUCAGAGGGCCAAGCUCACUGAAGCUAGGGUGCAGGUGUGGUUCAGCAACAGGCGAGCGAGGUGGAGGAAACAAGCUGGAGCCAAUCAGCUGAUGGCAUUCAACCACCUGAUCCCGGGUGGAUUCCCCCCCACAGCCAUGUCCAGCAUCCCGCCGUACCAGCUCUCCGACAGCACCUACUCGCCGUCAUCUAUAGCACAGGUGUCGGAGCCUCCCAGCACGGUGCACCGUCCCCAGCCUCUGCCUCCUUCCUCCAGCCAUCAGGCCUCCGCUGGCGGAGGGCAGGCAGACGGCGGCUCUGCCUACUGCCUCGCCUCCGGACGCCACUCCUUCUCAGGCUACUCGGACAGCUUCGUGAGCCCAGGCGGGCCGACAAAUCCCAUGAACUCCGCAAUAGGAAACGGCCUCUCUCCACAGGUGAUGGGUCUGCUGAACCCAGGCGGCGUACCACACCAGCCCCAAAGCGACUAUGCCAUCUCCCCCCUGACAGGCGGCCUGGAGCCCCCCAGUGGCAUGGCCGCCAGCUGCAGCCAACGCAUGGACCACAUCAAGGGUCUGGAGGGUCUCUCCAGUGUUCCCUCCAUGUCAGCACUGCCCUCCCUGCCCAGCUCCCAGUCUUACUGCACCCCGUCCUACAGCUCACCAGGCUACACAGUGGACCACGUUGCGUCCUACCAGUACAGCCAGUACGGGCAAAGUAAGGUGCCCUUCCUUAUUUGAGGCCUGAGAUCACCUGAUCAGCCAUGUCACAGAGGGACACGUCCGCGACCGAAAAGCCUUAACAUUUGGACCAAAAUCUGCUUUCGUUUAUUAGGACACAUUCCCUGCUGCAGGAUCUUCUCUGUGGAGCGACAGACUAUUUUAAAAACAUAAAAAAAGGGAUCAUAAGAUAGAAUAUUAGAGCAAAGACUGCACACCGACAGUAGACAUUCCUGCAUCUGCCGCAGAGAGGCACUUUCCACUGACAUUAGCAAAGAUCACAAAGUGUCUCUGCUUGUGGCGUCUUUGGAAAGACCCCGAACCCGACUCUGCACGGCAGCCUACCUUAAUGGGAACUGUUUACAGACCCGAGCGUUGCAUCAUCACUUGUAAAAUUCCACAUAUCAUCUUCAAAUCAACCCCUCCCAGUCGCAGCAGGAAAAGGAAGGGGCUCAGUUGAUUUUAGUUACGUUCACUCAUUUGAGAUGUCCACACCCCACACAUGGAGAGAAAUUCCAGAGAGAACGAAAACAAACACAAGCUAAUGAAUCUGGGGCUUUUUUUUCUUUUUUUCUACUGUAUCAGACGCCCUAAUGUACACUCCAGCUGUACAACAGGCAGAGUUCGGUCAAGCGUUCCCCCCUCACCCUGUCCCCUCAAGUCCCCCGUCUCUCCCUGUCUCCGCUCUGUCUUGCUGGUGUUUUCGGACGCCAAGGCGAAAAUCCCGGCCUUUUGUAGUUUUUCAGAGCAACUCAGAGGAGGUCAAAGGGUGACUUAGGCGAAAGUGACAGAUGAGAGAGCUGGCAGUGGAGGGCAGCGAAAGAAGUAGCUUUAAAGAAGAGUGGGGAGGGGCGGAGGGGACAAGCAAGAUCGAUCACAGCAAAAGAGAAAACCUUUAAAGGUCCCGUCUUGCUCAGAGAAAGCCAACGGGUCACAAGUCACGACUGAGGGACAUUUGAGAAACAGAAAGAGUUAAAGACUGAAGGCAGCCGUUUGCCCAGGUGACCAAAAGUGCAAUAUCACAUAUCUUAGAGACCACCCUCCCAUUAAAAGCUGUUUGAAGACAAAUACAUGCAUAAGAUACGUGUCUGGAAGUCUUAAGAAACACUUUGGAUUCAUACCUUGGAUCAAAUUUUGAACACGUGUGCCUUAAAAGCUUUUGGGUCCAAAACAAAUAGGCAACACUUCUAACACUGAGGGGCAAUGUUUCAAAAAGGACGAAGGAAUAAAAUGGAAGAAACACAAAGCCAAAACUCUGUAGUUUAUUACUUUGUGUUGCUUCUGACCUAUUUAUUGUCUUGCAGUUUGCAAAGGAAAUAAAUGCUGAUUCGAUUUCUGAUGCCUAAAGUCCUGGUCUUAAAGCUGCAGUAGGUAACUUUUAUAAAAAAUAUAUUUGUUGUUAAAACAGUCAUUGUGUCAUGACUCUGAGACAGAUCAUCUGCCUCCUCCCUGUGGUUCUGCUGCCAUCUGUAGAAAUACACCGCUUGUGUGGGGUGUGAGCAGUGCAUAGAGGAGCUUGAUUGACAGCGCUAAGACCUUCCACCUGGCUCUGAUUGGUUGUUUCUGACCAAGCGGUGUAUUUCUGCAGAUGGCAGUAGGACCACAGCGAGGAUGCAGAGGAAAUCAAUAUUUUUCUCAGAUUGUCUUAACUCAAAUUUUACUGUCAAUACAUGGUGACAGUUUUAACAAAAUAAGUAUAAAUACAUAUGUUUUUAGUAAAGUUGCCUACUGCAGCUUUACAUAUGCACUUGUUGUGGAUAUGAAUGUCAGACUCAUUUUGGGAAACUGAACUGUUCACAAGAACUGGGUGCACUACUUUGGAUUUAUUGCAAAUUUUCUUCAGUCCAAACUGGGUCAAAAAUAUACAUGCAGGCCCCAGUUGUACAUCCAACCUAAUAUUCGGUCAUAGUCCCAUAGCAGGUUGCAGAGAAACCAGAGGAAUAUCCUCUACUUCCAACACAGACUGGGAACUUGACCACUCUUCUAAAGGUAAUGGUCAUUUAAGUUGGCACAUACUCGGCUUUUCAGCUUAGUUCAUACUUUCUCUGGACUUAGGGCGGCACCGUCAUACAAGCCUGGUAUUUGUUGCCUUUAUUCAGAAGCCAAUCGGAUGUUUGUUUAAUUUCAUUGCCCUGCUGUGUCCAACUUUCAUUGAGUGUUUGAAUUGGAGGAAAUGUUUACAACCCAGGAGUAGCCAUGCCUCUUCAUUACUCCACUCAGUUUGUGUUAUCCACUGCUACCACUGGAAGAAUAACUACCUCAUCAUGAUGGCAUCACCAUGCUUUGUGACUAGAUAGCUACCAAACAAGUGAAACUUGGACACAAAUGAGCGUUCCAACAGGACAAUGAUACCAGACACAUAAAACCUUUUUAAAGGGGAGCCUCUUAUUUAAAAUCAACAUACACCCCAAAAAAUGUUGCUUUGAUUGUGUUAUGCAUUUUUAACAAAUCCUUGAAUCUCCCAUGGCAGCCAUUUGGGGGAGUCUAAACACCGCUCACACAAAAUCUAUCCCACUCCUUCAGACUAAGGGCAGCAGCAAUUAGCAAACACCUGUUGUAACGGCGCGUCUGCUGAGCUAGGACUGGUUGUAAACAACAUCAUGGAGAAGCAUUGCAGUGAUGAUGUACUGAAAGCGGAGCGUCUGAAAGAGUUGGAGCUUCUUAAAGCGACCGAGGUCCAUUUUAAGGCGUCAGAUUUAGUUAUAACGCAAAGUCGAAUUUCUGCGCUCCAUUUUCAUAACAACUGAAGGCAGCAUGGUGACUUGAUUGUGCUAUAAAAUGAAUCAGGAUUAGAAGAGUGGCCAAAUAUUCAGCGUCAUGUAUGCGAUGAGUUUGUUGGUGGGUAUAAAAAGUGUUUGGUUUCUCUGUAUCUUGGUGUCAUUAAGAGAAAUAUUCGCUUAAUGACACGAUUGAAAAAGAAAAAGAACGAUUGAACUGCAUCACGAAAAAAAAAAAAAAAAAGCCUAAAAUGACAUUCAUGUCCUGAUAAGUGGGUGCACAUUUUUGAGCAGAGCUGUACAUAUCUAUUGUUAUUACGUGGUGUGUGUCAGCAGUGUUAUGGAAAACUAUUCAACGCGGUCCAACAGAGUGGCGGCUUCAAAAGUACUUCACCCAUAAAACUUCCAGAAGCGCUUUUGUUUUUGUCCUUCAGACUGACGCAGCCCUUUCAUUCCCAUGAUAUAUAUUUUUUUGUAUUACUUGACAAAGCAAUGUGACGUCACGUCAUGUGUACAAGCGCAUUAUAAUUUCUAUUUAUAAUAAAAGAAAACCCCUGAAAAUA